AUGAAGAUCACAUCCCCAACAUCGCAGAACGGAUAAGUCGGGCAGAGAAAGAGAGAGCGAGCGAGGGAGAAGAAAUUCAUCUGUUGUAAAUGGCCACUUUAUCAGCUCCACUCUCUCAAAAUGGUUUCUCCCGCAGAUUCUACUCUGCAAAACGCCGACAGCUUAUAUCUCCAUUUCCCCGUUCGCUCGCCCGUUUCAGCUGCUGUGCUACUGGGGAAGGGGCACAACCAAAAGAGAGCUUGUCACCCUGCAAUCGUAUUGGUACUGUAGCUUGCGGUCUUCUUGCUGUGUGGGCUUUGACAAAUACCUCUCCUGUGAUUGCGGCUAAUCAGAGGCUGCCUCCAUUGUCAACAGAACCCAAUCGAUGCGAGCGUGCUUAUGUUGGCAACACAAUUGGUCAAGCAAAUGGUGUCUAUGACAAGCCAAUUGAUCUUCGUUUCUGUGACUACACAAAUGAAAAAAACCAGUUGAAAGGGAAAUCUCUUGCUGCUGCAUUGAUGUCAGAUGCUAAGUUUGAUGGUGCAGACCUGUCUGAAGUGGUGAUGUCAAAAGCUUAUGCUGUUGGAGCCAGCUUCAAGGGUGCUGAUUUCUCAAAUGCGGUCCUAGACAGGGUAAAUUUUGGGAAGGCCAAUCUCCAAGGAGCUUUGUUUAAGAACACGGUACUGUCGGGGUCAACCUUUGAUGAUGCUCAAUUGCAAGAUGCAGUUUUUGAGGACACUAUCAUAGGCUACAUCGAUCUCCAGAAACUUUGUGUAAAUCCAACUAUUGGUCCUGAAGGAAGAGCGGAAUUGGGAUGUCGAUGAUUUGGAUUUCAAUAUAGUUUUCUAUAUUUUCCUAUAUAUAUUGUAUAAACAACUUGAUGGUUUCGGCAUUUUUAGUAUAACUAUUGUAUAAACAAAUCAACUUGAUGAUUUUGGUAAGUAAUACAUAGUCAAAAAGAGAAAACUCAGCUCUAACUUCUGUUGAAAGCAAUGUAUGUUGUCACAGUUAAGUUUCUGUUUUAACUAUUUUAUUGUAUCGCCAA